CGCACAAAAAGGAGCCGCCCGCUCCCGCAAACACACGCUCCCCGCCGGCUGCCUGGCUGGCUUUACUGUGUUUGGCACUGACAGUAUCUGGGGAGUCAACACGCGACCAUUCCCACGGCAAAUCAUCAAAACAACAACAACUGUCAUUUUUACACUGGCUUCCAGUUGUUUUUGGAGUUGCUGUAACUGUUGGUGAAGAGAGUGAAGAGUGCAACAACAACAGACUGGUUUACUCCCAGUUUAGUUGAAAUAUUUUUGCGGCAUGGAUCGGGGCAAGAUGUUUGUGCUGAGAAAAUCAAGAUGUCCUUUUACAUGGGUCUAAUGCUGUUACACCACACACCUCUCCACUGAGCAUCUCUACAGCCACAAACCAGCCAUGAAGUUAGCUUUGCACAGGAUAGCAGGCACCACAAUGAACACGUUAACGACAGGUGUCCAGUAUCUCGGCUCCAACGACGCCAGCUACGAUGACCCCUCUGUUGACUUGACUCUAAUCAAGAACAGAUUCCACUUUGAGAAGCCUCACUCUGCCUCGGUUAGUAACUCCUUGCCCGGUCUCGUCCCUGGAAAUAAGGAGGUCAUUCACAGCGGCCUCUCUCCUAUUUUCCCCACCAACGUAUCAGACUUUCUGCUGAGUAAUGGCACCUCUGUGGAGACUGGAGGGGCGACCCAGUGUGGGGACAACUUUGUGGACAACAUGGAGUGUUUUAUGAUCCUCACUCCUGGUCAGCAGCUCGCUGUCGCCAUCUUGGCACUCACCCUGGGUACAUUUACGGUGCUGGAGAACCUCAUGGUGCUGUGUGUGAUCCUACACUCCCAGACGCUUCGAUCUCGGCCUUCCUACCACUUCAUAGGCAGCCUGGCUGUGGCUGAUCUGAUAGGCAGCAUAAUUUUUGUCUACAGCUUCCUGGAUUUCCAUGUCCUCCACAGGAAGGACAGCCCCAAUAUUUUCCUCUUCAAGCUGGCCGGGGUCAUCGCGUCCUUCACCGCCUCUGUUGGCAGUCUGUUUCUCACUGCGAUCGACCGCUACAUCUCCAUCCACAGGCCCAUGGCAUACAAACGCAUCGUCACAAAGACUAAAGCAGUCAUUGCCUUCAGUGUGAUGUGGACCAUCUCUAUUGUCUUCUCACUGCUGCCGCUGCUGGGGUGGAACUGCAAGCGUCUCAACUCUGUCUGCUCGGACAUUUUCCCUCUAAUCGACCAGAAGUACCUGAUGUUCUGGAUCGGGAUGACAAGCAUCUUGGUCCUGUUUAUCAUCUACGCCUACAUGUUCAUCCUCUGGAAGUCCCACCACCAUGCUGUCCGCAUGCUGAGCCGCAGCUCCCAAAGGAGUGUGAUUGUCUACACUGCAGAGGGGGCUAAAGUGCAGACAGUGAGGCCCGAGCAGGCCCGGAUGGACCUCCGUCUGGCUAAAACCCUGGUUUUGAUCCUGGUGGCCCUCAUCAUCUGCUGGGGCCCACUUCUAGCCAUCAUGGUUUACGACCUCUUUGGGAAGGUGAACGACUUCAUCAAGACCGUGUUUGCCUUUUGCAGCAUGCUCUGCCUGCUCAACUCCACCGUGAACCCUGUGAUCUACGCCAUGAGGAGCAAGGACCUGCGCAGGGCCUUCCUCAACCUCUGCCAUAUGUGCCGGGGAGCGACGCAGCCUCUGGACAACAGCGCAGAGAGUGACUGGAACAGCAGGAGUGUGAGAGGCACAGCGGGCGGGGCGGGGAAAGAUGGAGCCGGCUGUGGAAAGACUCAAGUAAAAGUAGCCCAGGUUACCGUUUCUGGAGUGACGGACACUUCUACUGCAGAGCCGGUCUAAGAGACAAGCUGCCCUGCUCUGGUACAACUGAAGUAAAGAUAUUGUAGAAUGACCGCGACUCUCCUAGCGCACUGCUCUGUUACUGUGAAAUGUGCCAAAACAUGACUUAGAUACAGAACUGUAAAACAAGUUUUUGUUGCGUUAAAGCUGAAAUCUGUAAUAUUUAUACAUUAUUAUACCCAGCCAUAUAGUGGAGUGUGAUGAGACUCUAAAAACUGUGCAUUUCUUUAGGAGAACAUGCUCUCUUUACUCUGUUAUUGAGAAAUGGUAUGUUAGGUUGAAAGUGUGAUUGACUAUGUAAAUAAUAUAUUCGCAUUUACAAGAACCAGUUGGCUCAAGGGCAUUUUUUUCCCCACAACAACCGUUAGAAACACUAUGCUGUGUCAUCUUUGCUGAAGUUUCAAUGUGCAUAAAGUUACAGAUUUCAGCUUUAAGGUAGAAAAAUAUGACAUUCCCUUUUGUUCUUUCUUUUUUACAUCAUGGCAAUAUUGUGGCAGUAAUGCAAGGUGAAACUGUGUCUACCUUCAUGCAAAAUGUCAGUUUUGAAUAACAGCAUACUGCUUGUGAGUACAAUUAGCAUCACAUUAGUCAUUCGAAAUCAGCUAUGAUUUUGUAAGAUCAUAAUAUUGUGAAAUUUGGCAUUUUAAUGUUAUUUUACUUUAUUGCAAUUUUUUUUUAACAUGUACUUUGCAAAGCAAAAUGGUGAGUCAUACUUUGAAAUAUGAACGGCUUUUUGAUCAAAUCAAAACUUUAGUCUGUAGUGAUUUGGGAAUGUUACAUAGCUGCUUAUUACACAUGUGCUUAUGAAACAGUUUUGUGAGAAGCUACACUUCCGUAUUUCUGUGAAGCAUCCAUUGUGUCCCAUAAGUGUGUGUAAGCAAGGACAUGGGUUCAAUAAAUAUAUGAAAUUUGUUAUAAUUUUGUCAACAUACCAGGUAUCUUUUUUUCAAUAAAAUGAAAUCUCAGCAAACCAUCACAUCAGCACCUGCUGCUAAUUUACAAGA